AUGAAUCCAGGCGAGAGCCGUGGCAUCCAUCCGGACGGCGAGCUGUUCCUCACCUCCAACCCCAACCCCCACUCCAACUCCUCCGGCAGGCCCGAGGAAAAUGCUCAUACCAUCGAGCCUCUGCGCAUCAGCAAGAGGGACUCAGCCAGCCCGCAGUCGGCCUCCAGCCCGUCCACUAUCCCCCUCCCCUACCCCGAUGACCGCCCACGCCCGCAGAUACGCUCCUCCAGUUUCAAUGAUGCUCGCCCCGCGGACAGCUCGAGAUACGGCUCGCCACCACCGACUGGUUCCGGUUCGGGCUCGGGCUCUGUGAGCCCCGCGGAUUAUCCCCCCGCGCUGCGCCCGCGAGAUGGCCGGGAGCCGAGAGUUGCGACCCUCGCGGAGCGCCGCGGGACUGCGCCCAAACCGCUGCCUGAAUCGCCGGGCCCUGAUGCGCCCGACCGUGAUGUGCUGGCUGCGAGGACGUACCCGCGUCCGCCGCCUGUCUCGCCGCCACCGCCGGGGAUGGGGGAGCAGCAGUACGAUUACCGGCAGCAGUACUACCCGCCGCCGGCGAGCUCGGCGGCCCGGCCCUCGUCGACUCUCCAGCCUCCGCGGUCGUCCUCAUCCGCCGGUAUCAAUCGCAUCAGCUCGACGGCGUCAACUUCGACAACCCGUGCCCAGCGUGGAUCUCCACCGCCGCCGGAAACGCCUAUCGUGGGGCCGGGACAACAGCCUGGCUCGGAUAUCGAGGCCCGGUAUGCGGCGGCCGGCAUCGCGGGCACGGGCACGCUGGCUGGACUUCGGUCACAGAGCUCUGCUGCCCAAAGACGCGCAGAGCAGUACACGGGCCAGCAGCCUACCUGCCAGCAGCAGGAGUCGCAGCGGCCCUGGACCCCUACCGAGCAGCCGGGCUCCCAGCCCCAUGGUCCGCCUACCGUGUACCAGGGCGCGGAGGUACUGAGCGGCGGCCAGCCAGCUCCCAUUCAUCCUGGCCAAUUUAGCAGCCAUCCGCCCCAGGUUCAACAGGCGCAAGCAGUGCCCCUGGACCAGCAACAAUCGAGAAUCCCGGCUAAUGCUCUGGAGCAAGACAUGGAUCGCAUGCGGAUCAAUGAGGAGCCUCCACCUGCCUAUUCAAGUGUCCCGGGUGCGCCUGCUUCCAAUGGCUACCCGAACGAGAAGCCUGGUCCGAGUGCUGGUGCUGGUGCGGGUGCUGGUGCUGGUGCUGGUGUGGGUGCAGGUGCGGGUGCUGGCGGUGCUGCGGCGGCGGCGACGGUAGCUGCAGGAGCUGCUGCUGCCGCUGUAGCUGGCCACCCAGCAACAGUCAAUCAGCCUCAUCCUGCCUUAGCAUCGGCACCUUCUCCCACGCCCACGGCUUCGACUGAGGGCCAUCCUGCCUUUGCGAAUGACCCACGGCAACAGUCUAAUGCUGGGCAAUCGCCUCAGAGUGCUGUUGCUAAUGGACAGCUUCAAUAUCAGCAGCAGCAGCCGCAGCCGCAGCAGUAUCCGGCACAGGUUGGCUCUCCCGCCCCUUCUGGGCCUCCCCCAGCAUCUCCUCCGCCACUACCAGAAGGCUGGAUUGCGCACCUGGAUUCCAGCUCCGGCCAGUACUACUAUAUCCAUCUGCCCACACAAUCGACUCAGUGGGAAUUCCCGAAGGGUCCCACGCCCCUCAACUUGAACGAAACGCCCCUUUCUCCUGUCGGAAGUGUAUAUAGCAGCCACCCUCUCACAUCCCCCGGCCUAUCAGCCUUUGGCAAGCCCAUGGCAUCCCCCGGUGUGCCGCUGACACCAGGCUUUGAGAGCCUGCAGUCACCCAUGACCGGAUUCUCCGGCCCGCCUCCCAGCAGCGGCAUGGAUCUCUACAAGACCGCCCCCACCAAUGGCGUCUACUUCGGCCCGUACCUUCGAUACACGAACAUGGACCUCGAGCGCCGUCUCUGGCUAGGCUCCAUUCUCCUUGUCACCGACGCCUCCCAACCACCCACAAUCCACAUCCACCAAAGCGUCGAUCUAUCGCCGAACCCGCGGCAGCUCAAAGCCAUCAAUAUCGCCGUCCACCAACGCUGGACCUUCUAUAAGUACGAAGUUGACCUGCAGAUGGACGACGCUGGCCCCGCGAAGUGGACAUACGCAAUCACCUCUCACCUCGGCUGCACUCGCUACGAGUUCCUCGUCGCCGGCCGCCACGAGACAAACUGGCGCUUCAUCGCAACAUCCGGCAACGAUUUUUCACUCAAUGUGAACGCGAACGAGCGCGCUCGCCUCGGGGGCGUCGGCUUUAUGUGGAAAGAUAUCAUGCAGAAGCAUAAUGAGAUCGGCGGCUUCCAUACGCAGCUGUGUCUGGGCGGACAGAUUUAUGCCGAUCGUAUGUGGAAGGAGAUACCGUGCUUAAAGCAGUGGCUUGCGAUUAGUGGGAAGGAGGCAAGGAAGAAUGCGCCUUGGACUGCGGCUAAUCAGCAAGAUGUCUCGCAUGCGUAUUUCCAUUACUAUACUAGCCAUUUUGACCAGCCGCAUUUGAGGGAGAGCUUUGCGCAGAUUCCGUAUAUCUGCCAAAUUGAUGAUCAUGAUAUCUUUGACGGCUUCGGUUCGUACCCCGAGCACAUGCAGUUUUCCAAUAUGUUCAAGAACAUCGGCCGCAUCGGCAUCGAAAUGUACCUGCUCUUCCAGCACCACACAACCCUCGACAUCCUCCGCAACGUCAACAACGAUACUGACCUCUUCACUAUCACCGGCACCGGUUGGCAUUUCGUCAAAUACCUCGGCCCUGGCGUCGUCGUUGUCGGGCCUGACUGUCGCUCAGAGCGUAACCCGCACCAAGUCAUGGCUGGUCCCACGUACCAGGGCCUCUUCCCCAAGAUCGCCAUGCUGCCGCCGAGCGUGCAGCACUGUCUGUGGAUGGUCUCUAUGCCCCUGAUCUAUCCCCGCCUCGAGACGGCCGAGCAUAUCGCGCAGACUGUUGCUACCGGGAAGAGGGCUGUGACUGGCGCGUAUAAUGUCCUAGGCAAGGUGACUAGCUCAGUUGCGGGCGUAGUUGGGGCGAAGGACUUCGUCGGCUCGGGCUUUGACUCGGUCAAGCGGGCUGUUGGUAAGUCGGGGCUUAUGGGCGGCAUUUUGAGCCCGUUCGGCGAGUUCGAUCUUAUGGAUGAGCUGCGCGAUCAGUGGACGCAUGAGUCAAAGGACCUCGAACGCACCUACCUCAUCCGCACCCUGCAAGGCAUCGCACACCAAAAAUCCCUUCGCAUGACCUUCCUCUCCGGCGCCGUCAACGCCUGCGGCGCCGGCCUCGUGCACGACCCAUCCCAACCCUCCGACCACAAAACAAUGUACCAGCUCAUUGCCUCACCCGUCGUCAACACACCCACCCCCUCCUACGUCCUGAAGCUCCUGCACUCCCACUCCAAGCCCCUCUAUGUCCCCGCAAACGGCCACCGCUCCUCGGCUCAGCCCACCGACACCAAGGAGGACAUGAUGGAGAUCUUCCAGACCGACGUGAACGGCCAGCCCCGCGAGCACAGGAAGCUCAUGGGCCGCCGCAAUUACGUCGCUAUCGUCGCGUAUGAUCCCGACGUUGUCUCAACGCCUGCGUUCGGUCAGCAGAUGCCGUUUGCUGCGCAUCAGGGCAAGCUCAGUCUUGCGGCGGACUUUAUGGUGCAAGGCGAUGGCGCUUAUGCUAACGUUGUCAAGUUUGGGCCGGUUAUUGUGCCUAGUUUGGAGGCUGGGAAGUGA